AUUCAGUGUUUUUACACUGAAUUGUGUUGGUGUUGUAUUCAAUUGCAAUAUGUUGAGAGGUGUUAAUUGUGAUAUUUUGUAAAUAUUAUAAUGCAAGAGUGGAAGUGCAACGUGGACUUAAUCACUGCUAUAUCUAGAGGUGGAAUGGCAAAAUAAAUGGCAAAAGUUCACCAAGAAACUUGAACAUUAUAAGGUAUUAAAACUCACAAAGGUAGUCCAUACCCUGUUUGGUUUUGCUGUGAAGUGAGUAAUUUUUCCAGUGUAGUGUGAGAAAGCAGAUGGGUUAAUUUGCUUGCACUGCAAUGGCUGUGCCAGACAUGCACACAUACGUACGUGUACGCACAUUAAUACAGCAUAAAGAAUUCACAUUUGCAAUAGUUUUUUGAUUUUUGCUCAGGCCCUCAUGUGGCCAGCUAUAUUUUGCAGUCACAUUAACAGAAAAAAAAGCACCUUUGAUCCUUUUGAGGAAGUUUUGCCAGUUAGCUGCAAGCUUCAUGGCUGCUGAGUUAACUCAGACUUUGUUCUCUAUAAAGUUAGUAUGUUUUUACAGCUUAAACUUUCACAGGUGUCAACAGCUGCCAACUGUGUUAAACGUUUUGCUGUUCAUGGCUUUUCUUCACGUUCCUCUGAGAUCGUCUUUAACAGGAAGAAAAGCCCACACAGACUCAGGACAUGCCAGGACUAUGCGACGCAGCAAAGCCAAAGCAGCGGUAGCAGCACCCAAUACGGAGGCCGAGACAGGAUUUGUUCCAAGUGUUCAAGACUUUGAUAAGAAGCUAGCUGAAGCUGACGCCUACCUGCAGAUUCUGAUUGAUCAGUUAAAGCUGUUUGAUGAGAAGAUCAAGGACUCCAAAGAGGAUGAAUCACGCAGAAAAAUUGAAAAUUUGAAAGAGACUACUUGUAGCAUGGUAGAGUCCAUCAAGCACUGUAUUGUACUGCUGCAGAUCGCCAAGGACCAAAGUAACGAACAGCAACACGCAAACGGACUUAUAAGCACCAUCAACCCAGUGGAUGGGAUCUACCAGCCUCCUCUGGCCACGCCUGUAGACAACUCCACGAUGCCAACACAGACCACCCUGCCUACAGACGCUUCUCAGGUGUGCAAAUCAGACCAGCGACCCUCCACGUUACCUGUAGGUCCUGUGGUCACAGUGAUGGGCAGUCUGCAGACUCCGACCCCCAACAGCACAGGGAGUGGCCCGUCAGGCCCCAGCAGCGGCGUCGCCUCCCCGGCUCACAUCCCCAUCCCCUCGCACUCUGUACCGGACUUCUCCUAUUCCUCCAGCGAGGAUGAGUUCUACGAUGCUGACGAGUUUUACCAGAGCAGCACUUCCCCCAAGCACUGCAUAGAUCCCUCAGGGCCUCCGGCUGCCUCGCCCCUCACUAAUGAAGAAACAGCAUUGAAACGACCAGACACCACCGAGUCCCUCAACUCAUCUAUGUCCAACGGCACCACAGAUGCAGACCAGUUCGACAGCCACGAUGACCGUGAUGAUGAUGCUGAGGGCGAGUCUGUGGAGGAGCACAAGAGCGUCAUCAUGCAUCUUCUCUCUCAAGUUCGUUUGGGCAUGGACCUCACGAAGGUGGUUCUGCCUACCUUCAUCCUAGAAAGGAGGUCUUUGUUAGAAAUGUACGCAGACUUCUUUGCACAUCCCGACUUAUUUGUAAGCAUCGCUGAGCAGCCAGAGCCCCGGGAGCGCAUGGUACAUGUGGUAAAGUGGUACCUGUCAGCUUUCCAUGCAGGGAGGAAAGGUUCAGUGGCCAAGAAACCAUAUAACCCAAUCCUGGGAGAGGUCUUCUACUGCCACUGGGACCUGCCCAGCGAAACAGAGGAACCUCCCCCACACACGGAGACGGUGACAGAUGGUCCGGUUCCAUGGUCUUCACCCAACAGUGUGCGUUUUGUGGCAGAGCAGGUCUCUCACCACCCACCCAUUUCUGCAUUCUACGCAGAGUGUUUAAGUAAGAAGAUUCAGUUCAACGCUCACAUCUGGACCAAGUCAAAGUUCUUAGGCAUGUCCAUAGGUGUCCACAAUAUUGGGCAAGGUUGUGUGUCGUGUUUGGAGCAUGAUGAACACUACAUCCUCACCUUCCCUAAUGGAUACGGCAGGUCAAUUCUCACUGUGCCAUGGGUGGAGCUGGGUGGAGAGUGCAACAUCUCCUGCUCCAAGUCAGGCUACAGUGCUAACAUCGUGUUCCACACCAAACCUUUCUAUGGAGGAAAGAAGCACAGGAUCACAGCUGAGAUUUUCUCACCAAGUGACAAGAAGUCUUUCUGCUCCAUUGAGGGAGAGUGGAAUGGAGUGAUGUAUGCCAAGUGGGCAACUGGAGAGAACACAGUGUUCAUAGACACUAAGAAGAUGGGCAUUAUUAAGAAGAAGGUGAGAAAGCUGGAAGACCAGCUCAGCUACGAGUCCAGAAGAUUAUGGAAAGAUGUGACGCUGAACCUGAAGCUAAAAGACAUCGAUGCUGCGACAGAAGCCAAACACCGGCUGGAGGAGAAACAGAGAGCUGAAGCCAGAGAGAGGAAGGAGAACGAGCAGCAGUGGGAGACAAGGCUUUUUCAUGAAGACGGGGAGUGCUGGGUCUAUGAUGAGCCCCUAUUAAAGCGAUUAGCCUCUCAGAGGCACUGAGAAGACUCUGACCCUCUGAUACAUGCAUAUGCAUCAAGAAAUGCACACACAACAGAGUCUUCAUAAGAACUCUUUUGCAAAACCACUUCUUUUCCAGGCCUUGGAAUGACUGAUGAUUGAAUAUGUACACAGCUUUGCAUUUGACUGUAACCUAACAAUAUGGGAAUGAAUGAAAUCAAAUGGGAAAGCAUCUAAGAUGUAACAUGAAAAUUAGUAAAGCUCCUCUCCUUAUUUGGGCAAUCUCACUUCCACCACCACGGAUACCCACCACCAUGAGACUUGGCAGCAUGGAGUGGAGACGGGAGGGUUCGACACAUCUCAUCUCUCGACUCUGUCCACCAUCUUCACGACCACACCCUUCAACAGCUCCGCAGGACGAGCCAGAGCAGCACUCGUUUUCCCGACACUAAUGUUUUUUCUGGAGAGGGGUGCCCGGGGGGUGUGAGGUCGAUUGGUGUUCAACUCAAAAAUAAAUCUUGACAAAUAAAACGACGCUCUACAUCUCAGGGAAUCUGGUGACUGAGGAAAGAAAGAUGCCGCCCCCUCUGAGAGUAUGACAGCCUUAUAACGGUGGAAUGGAUGAGUCUUAAGGUGCGGAGGAGAAAUUCUCUGCUUGCCUGCAACUAGUUGCAAAUGUUGUUUAUAUAUAGAUAUACAUAUGAUGGAUAUAUAAAAAUAUAUAUUCUUUUUUAUUUUCAGUGCUCUUUUUGUUUAUUUUUCUUUCUGGCAAUAGUGUAAGAUAUGAGGAUAUGAACUUCAUGACUUCACAUCGUUAGGAAUCAUUCCAUUUAUCCUUUUGAUGUUUUGUUCCCAUUUCAAGUUAACUUUGCCGCCUUUUGGUCCUUCGCUGUUCUGUGUCUCAGUUGUCAUCCAGAAGCAAAGCCCUGCAUAAGCCAUAGCAUCUGAACACACUGAUUUGGAGAACUGUAAUACAUGUGUGGAAUAUAUGCAAUAUUGAGAUCACUAAUAUCGCCUGUCAAAGGCCAUGUUUGGGUGUGCAUUUUGCCAAAAAGGUUUAGAGAAAAGGCUAAAGGGACUUUCAUCUGGUCAGAGAACAAACAGUCCUUUCCAUGUUACCUGAAGGCAUUUAUGAACAAAUGAUUGUUUACAUAAAUUAGUCUUUCCAUGAUGAGAACGCACGGCUAGGACUGAGUCUGUCACCCGUCCUCGUUUUCUCUCCAAACCCGCAGAUGUCGAGGAGGAUCACCUUCGCCCUCGUAUUGUCACAGGGUGAGGAGAGUGAAAACCAGGAACCAGAAUAGAGGAGUAGACUUGUGAAACGCUGCUGCUGUUUCAUAUUGCUGCUAGAGUCCAGACUGUGUUCUACCACUUCAAUUUCUUUUUUGUCCAGUGUUUUUCAUGACAGCAACCACAUAGAGGGCAAUAUUUAUCUGACUCUGCUUUUUUUUUUGAUUCAUCAUUCACUCUCUUAUUUACAGCUACAUAGGUUGGAUAUAAAUGCGAUGAUAUUUGGAUGAAAUGCAGAAAUAAACAAUUUUCACCUGAAACUGCUCCAGAAUAUCUCUCAAUGUUGUAACGUACUCACAACAGAGUUCCUUGUUAUCCUUGUGGUUGCCAUUCAAGUUUUGAUUACUGUCUGCUCUAGCUUUUUGGCCUAUACAAGAGGGUAUGUGGUUGAGAUAAAUGAAGAUUAAAAUAAAUUAAUCAGGUGAAGGGAUCUGUGAAGACAAAUGUGUUUAUGCUGUAUGCUCAUCAGGUGAAAACUUUGAUGUGGGUGCAACUGUCAAAGCAUACAAAAAUGUCUUUAGGAACAAGCCAAAUGAAAUUCAGACUCUCCAAGUUAAAACUGAAGCUCUUACUUUGUUUUUUUCCCUCCACGCUAUGUCUUUGCAAAUUAUUGAAUCGAGGCCUUGCAAUACAUUUCAGUUUCACUCAGUAUCGCCUGUAAAAUGUUUUUAUUCUAUUCUAUUUUAUUUUAUUUUAUUUUGAUCAUAACCAUUGAUUGUAUCUGGUUUUCCUGUUUAUUGAUGCAUAAUAUUAAAUCACCAUGCAUUUA